AUGAAAAAGUUAUUAGAUAAAUUAUCCCAGCAAUCAUCCAAUAGCCAGACUCAACCGGGAAAAGUGGCUAGGAGAGUCUCUAUUCGAGGAUCUUCCAAUAUUUCCACAACAUACGAGCGCAUUUAUAUUUUUCGUGAAAAGCCAAAAUAUUUCAAGGGUACAAGGAAUCGUGAGCCUUUAGUACAAUGCCGAGAUAUGCGUGCAGAUAGCUCUAUCAAAAAGAUAGCUACACAAUAGAAUGACAGCAAGAUUCUUGCCCUUGUGUCGUGCGAAUUAGUUGCAGCAGAGGCUUGUUAUCACAGGACAUGCUACAGGAGUUACACUAGACCAGAAGCAAGCAGCAGUGUGAACCCUGAUAUGAGCAGUGAAUCUCCGGAUGAUGAAUAUGCCUGUCUAGAGUCUGAUGCUUACCAGAUGCUUUUUGACUUCGUCAGGUCAGAUGUCAUAGAAAACGAGAAACUCGUAAGGUUGUCUGAGAUGACGCAGUUACUUGUACAGUAUCUAAUGUCAUUAGAAGCUAAGGAAUGUAAGCCAUCAACAAAGAAGCAUAUCAAAAGGAACAUAGAAGCAGAAUUCAGUGAGUUGAUCGAGUUUGAAAACUUGCUAGACAACAACCGUGUAUUCCUAAUCCCUGCUAGCCUAACACCAGUGCAAAUCGCCAGAAAUGUACCAAAUAUCCUUAUGGCAGAAAAAGAAGACAAAGGCUCAACAACAAAGAUCUCCAAUAUUCAGAAAGCUGCAGCUGACAUCCGCGAUGCCAUUCGAAACAAAGAAAGCAAAAUGUCAUGGCCACCGCGCCCUUCAGAGCUCAAUGACAGCGCCAUAGAGGUCCCUGAAGAACUAAGUGCGUUUUUGUAUACCUUGCUAACUGGCAACAAAGAUUCGUCAGAGAGAGAAUGUUGUCAAAGAGUCCAGCGGUUGAUGAAGUCGUUCGCGCAAGACCUAGUAUUUGGAGUAACCAGAGGGAGGAUUAAACCGCCUAAACAAAUUCUUCUCUCGUGUGCUGUAAAAACUCUCACAGACAAUGUUGAGCUAGUCUCUAUACUAAACCGUUAUGGUCAUGGUAUUUCUUAUUCCCAGCUUGAGGAAAUUAACACAGCUCUUUGUACGCAGAAAAUGGCAACAACAACAAGUGAAAUUCCUCUACCUGCCAAUAUACAACCUCAUGUUAGUACCACAUUAGCAUGGGAUAAUAUUGACCGACUCGAAGAGACUCUUUCAGGUGAAGGCACUUCACACCGUGUAAAUGGCAUAGCAGUACAGGCGAGACAUUUUGGCCCCCAUCCCCUCACUGAGCAGCCACCUAGGAUCACUAAAAGUAAGCAAAGGAGUGUUGAACCACUUGAUGUUGUUGCUCUACCCAUUUACAAUGUAGGUGAACGUCAAGGCCCUAAGCCAAGAGCAUAUGUUGAAGUAAACGACAAGGAAGUGUUAGAAAAUGCCCGAAGAAAAAACCUCUUGUGAGUUUUAGUGGGCCUACAUGCACAGAUGAACCAGAAAGUUAGUGGAUGGACUGGCUAUAACAUUUUGGUGCGCAACGAAAUUGAGGCUCGUCCAGACAAUAUCGGAUACCUCCCCACCAUUGAUGCACCUGCCACUAGCAUGUCAACUGUUCAUGAGAUUUUGGUCCGCUCCCAGAAGAUAAGAGAAGCUCUUGAACUGAAGAGCAUAGUACUCAUAUUUGAUCAAGCUCUGUAUGCCUAG